AUGAGAGGUUGGUUUGCUCCUCCUGUUAGCUUGCUCGUUAUCUUAUUUCUUGCCCUACAGUUCACAAAUGGCAAUGACACAAUUCAUCGAGGGGAAACAAUCACCCACCCAAAGACCAUUAUAUCAUCAAAUGGGACAUUCGAACUUGGGUUUUUUUCUGCGACAAGUUACUCCAAGUACUACCUUGGAAUAUGGCAUAAGGUGUCUAAGCCAGCAAGAGUUUGGGUGGCAAACAGAGAAUACCCCUCCCUGAGUGACUCUUCUAAUCUCACUAUCAACUCCGAGGGAAAUCUUGUGAUUUCAGAUGGCAGAAUGUCAUACAAGGUAACAGACAUUACAACUAGCAACAACAGCAACACGUUUGCUAGACUACUAGAUUCAGGUAACCUCGUAUUGCUAGACGGGAUCAGCUCUGCAGUUUUGUGGCAAAGUUUUGACUUUCCCACCGACACUAUUUUGUCUGGAAUGAAUCUUGGACAAGCGAAAUUUUUCCCAAAAAAUUGGUCUUUAGUGUCGUGGAGAAGUCAGGAAGAUCCUGCCGUUGGCUCUUUUUCCCUGGACGUGAAUAUUGAAGGUGAAUUGGUCAUUAAGGAGGGUUCCAAAACAUAUUGGACUGGUUCUCCAUUUCUGUUUGAAAAUUAUAGCGUCGACGUUUUGCUCCAUCAAGUACAAAAUCGUGCCAUGCGGAAAUCUCAUCCAGGAGACAAUUACAUCACGUGGCAUUUCCUUGAUCCUUCAACGAUUAUGCACAUAGCAUUGGACAUGUUUGGAAAGCUAAAGCUACAAUCUUGGUCAGAAGAUGACCAAAGUUGGCCUGUUUGA